CAUGGCCACACGGAACGACCGUUACAACAAGCUCUCGCCCCAGGAGCGUCGCGCUGGAGAAUCGGCUCUCAGCGACUUUGCCGACUACGUCCAGAAACAGCAAGCCAAACGCCGCCAUCCCCAGGACCAGGACUCUGCCUAUGGCACCCAGUCGGUUGUCACGACCGAAGAACAUGCCGAGCUCGAUAUUCUUGAUUCUCUCAACCUCAGCGACGAGCCUGCCACCCUCCCACUGAAACACCUCUUCCUCGACAAGUCUGACGAUGCUGAUGAAAGCCUGAGUCUCUUGACGGGCUUCGUCAACGGCCGCCUUGAGGAAGGCCACGGAGAAGCCAUGUUCGACCUUGGUCUGGAAGACAAUGGAGAUUCCAUGAACUUUGACAAGAAUGACUGGGACUUUGCUCUGGCUAGGCUUCACACUGUCGUCGAAUCAUUAGGCGCUGACUACCAAAUACUUAUGACCAAGAAUGUUGGUGGCGACAACGAGGUCGAUGUCAGCCCGAAAGAGAAGGCAUGCAGCGGAAAGUUGAUGAUCAGGCGGCGGCCCAACUCGGUUGAUAAUGUCAUCGAGACUCGAAUAGCUGUUGUCGGCAAUGUCGAUGCUGGGAAAAGCACCAUGCUGGGUGUUCUUGUCAAGGGCGGCCUGGAUGACGGCCGUGGAAAGGCUCGUGUCAACCUGUUCCGUCACAAGCACGAGAUCGAGAGUGGAAGGACGAGCUCGGUGGGCAUGGAGAUUAUGGGUUUUGACAGCAAGGGUGAGGUCGUCAUGGCCUCGACUGCUGGUCGCAAACUCUCGUGGGAAGACAUUGGUAGCAGAUCGGUAUGUACUGUACUUGUCGUGCUUAUGAUUGACGCAGCUAUUAACCUUUCUCUAGNNGCUAAAGUCAUCGGCUUCACUGAUCUCGCUGGCCACGAACGCUACUUGCGCACCACCGUCUUCGGUAUGCUCAGCAGUGAGCCCAACUACUGCUUGCUCAUGGUUGCUGCCAACAAUGGCCUAAUAGGCAUGAGCAAAGAGCAUCUGGGUAUCGCUCUAGCCCUCAAUGUGCCAGUCAUGGUGUGCAUAACCAAGAUCGACAUCUGCCCGCCGCAUAUUCUACAGCAGACCAUCACUCAGUUGACCAAGAUUCUGAAGUCGCCAGGCGCAAGAAAGAUACCAAUAUUUAUUAAGAACAAGGAGGAGUGCAUAAACACCGCCACCCAGUUCAUCAGUCAGCGCAUCUGCCCUGUCUUCCAAGUCUCCAACGUCACCGGCGACUCACUCGAUCUCGUUCGCACUUUCCUCAACAUCAUUCCCCACCACGGUCACUAUGAUGCCGAAGCUCCUUUCGAGUUUCACAUCAAUGACACAUUCUCGGUGCCAUUCGUCGGCACAGUAGUUUCCGGAGUUGUCAAAUCUGGUGUCGUGCACGCUGGCGAUACUGUAUUAGUCGGCCCCGAUGGACUCGGCAACUUCACGACGACUAGCAUUAGAAGCAUCGAGAGGAAGCGAAUAGGUGUUCCUGCUUGUAGCGCAGGUCAAAGCGCCAGUUUCGCUUUGAAAAAGGUUCGCAGAAAGGACGUACGCAAGNGCAUGGUGUGUCUGCUCAAGAACGACGAGCAGCCACCGAAAGUUUACCGCGAGUUCAUUGCCGAAGUUCUCAUUCUCAGCCACGCGACGACCAUCAAGACGAAAUACCAGGCUAUGCUGCAUGUGGGCCCUAUAUCGCAGACGUGUGCUAUAAUCGACAUCGAUCGAGCAUACAUCAGAACUGGCGACCGUGCUACAGUAGCAUUCCGGUUUGUUCAGCGUCCAGAGUUCCUUGCUGUGGGUGAUCGUAUACUGUUCAGAGAAGGCAGAACGAAAGGCCUUGGCAUUGUCAAGGCUGUUGGCUACGAUCCGAGCAAACCGCUCAACCCUGAUGCUGGCAAGCAGAAGGUCGUUACCACCGAAGCUGCAGUUACGCCAGCACCGGCUGCUGCCACAGCA